AUGGCAAAGAGGGAUUACCUGGUGGAAGCGGCCAAGCAGAUCCACACCCUGGACAGUGAGGUGAACGAGGACUAUGAGGCAGCUUUCAGUUACUAUAAGAAUGGAGUGGAUCUUCUCCUGAAUGGCGUCCAGUUGGAUCCAACAAAGAACGCCGGGGAGGCCGUGAAGCGAAAGACAACGCAAUACUUGAAAAGAGCUGAGGAAAUCUUCAUAACACAUCUGCAAGACAACCUUGGAAAGGGAAGCGCGCAUUUGGGAGGGUACAGCAGUCUGAGGUUCCGUCCAAUCAGGCACUUGAGCUCGCCUGUGGAGGAUCUAGAGAUGUGCAAAGUGGUGGGAGUGUCAGAUAAGGUUCUGGUAGUGCAAAGUAUGGUGAAUAAGGAGACAUUUGUAGUAAAGAGUUUAGUGAAGUCAAGCUGGGAGAGCAGAGAUCAGCCGACCAUCAUUCCUCAGGGCGUCCCUUACAUGGUGAAGCUGUUGCGGUACUAUGUUAGUGAGGAUGCUGUGUACCUGCAUCUGGAGCAUAUCAAAGGUGGAAGGCUCUUCUCCAAACUGCACAAGCUUCGUCACGAGAAGGCCAAGGAGCACCCUGAAUGCACCUUCCCUGGACAACACCACACCAGGAUGAAAACCAGUCACACCUCACCUGCCAUUAGCACGGACUACCAGCACAACCACAACGGGGGGCAGGGAGGGAGGGCAUCGCACUCCCCAAACACAGACCCCACGGAGGCUGACUUCAUGCACAGGGUGGACAACUGCCGGACCCACUCUUACAUUGAGGAGACCGGCUGCUUGCAGAAUACCAGAUCCUCAUUUUUCACUAACCUUGACCGCUUGUCCUUACAUUCGGGCCCCUCUAAGACUCAGCUCAGCGCGCAUAUCCACCCACCUGCCCCAAGUUUGUAUUUGCAGUCCGGCGUAUCUCAGGAAAAGCUUGCUCUUCCUCUGUCCUGUGCACGCAUCAAUCAGGCUCUAGAUGUAAUGUCAGGAUUGGAUCAGAAAAAGACAGGGACAGGUCUCAUAGAGUGCAGUUCAGAUUUUGAAACUGCCUGGAAAGCCACAGAAAAGAGUGGAGAGAGAGCCAAUCUUUAUGCAGUGGCAGAGAGUGUGAUAAAGUCUUCUCCAAAAUCAGGAAAUGGUGAGAGUACCCCUGCCAUUUUGUACCUUCCACUCCACUGCCAAACCCAGAUGCAUGGUAGAGCAGCAUGGGAUACCAGUAAUUGUGAACAAGGAUCUUUUUUAGGUGACAGCAAUACAGAUCAACACAGCAAUGAUAAAAACAGUCCCACCUCUGAGGAAAAUAAAGGGAUGGUAGUGAUCCAAAGUACAGAUCGAGCAGUGUUUUCAGAAUAUAGAGACACUUCCUGGACUUCUGCCUCCUUCUGUAAUAACAUAGAUGGCAAACAAGGUUCGAUUCUGGAUAUGGUCAAAAAGGAAGUUGAAAAGAAAUCAGGUGCUGAGGAAUCCAAGGGAGCACCGUUUUCAGGUUGGUCUUGGUUUGGGAGUACACAGUAUAAGAAAAGAGAGAAGCUAAAAUCUGACAGCUCAGAUGGAUGUGGAGAGGAUCAGAUCAUUGAGGUGGAUGGGUGGUGUCACUUACCUCGAAUAGCAGUGAAGACCUCCAAGCCGGAGAAAGCAGCAGCAGCACAGUGUUGGGGGCUUCCAGAGGCUGAGGUGCGUGUGUGGGGGGCACAGGUCCUGCUGGCCCUGGAGAGUCUGCACGAGCAAGGCAUCAUCUGUAAAGAUCUCAACCCCAGGAACAUUCUGCUCACUUUUAAUGGAAAGGUGUGUUUGACAUUUUUUGGCCAGUGGAGUGAAGUCCAGACAGAAAUUUGCACCAAAGCCAUGGAGCAGAUGUACUGUGCACCAGAAAUUGGAGGUGUGUCAAGAGUCACGGAGGCGUGUGAUUGGUGGAGUCUAGGGGCUUUGUUGUUUGAGCUACUAACAGGAAUGCCUCUGUGGCAGCUGCAUCCCGCGGGAAUCCACUCUCACACACAGCUGCUGAUCCCAGAACACCUGAGCGCCGCGGCCGCGUCUCUGCUCACUGAACUGCUUCAGUAUGAUGCUGGAUAUCGUCUGGGCUCGGGAGGUGGUGGUGUGAGUGACAUCAAGUGCCAUCCCUUCUUUAGCGCCAUCUCCUGGAAGGCUUUAAGCUGCUAGGAGGCAAGAGCAGAGCUCUAUCAAACACUAUGAAACCGUGGGU